UUCAGUCGAAACUUGAUAUUUCCGUUCAACUUUUCCCGCGCGACGUUCAACAAGUGCGCGCGCAAUCAUUCGGCGCGCGAUCGUAUACUCGCGUAGUUUGAAAAACGAACCGUCGAAAAGAAAACGAAAAAUAAUUUAUCGUAACUUAUUAAUCGUUGUGAGUGAAAAUAAUGUUCUAAUACUCUGUGAAUACGUGCAGUGUUGUGUUAUUUAGUGAAUAAUUUAAAUAUUUAACAAACGAUAGCAUAGAGCAGAGAACAUGGCGACCAAGUCGUAUAGCAAACACAAGGAGUACAAAGAGUAUUCCAGCAGCGGAACCAUACCAUAUACAGACGAGCAAUUCGACAUGAUAAAGUCGGAGUUAAUACCGAAAGGCAGUAAGCUGGACUCGCUGGGCCGGACUGGUGGCCUCGGUGGAGGGGCUCGGGAGUACCACUAUGAGUACAAGGAAGAAAAACACCCCUCCGGCAAGUACGAUAGAAAGGACCUGCAUACUGUUGAGGAGUACACCAUUCCUCCUCGCACCGUGCCUAAAGCUUCGGAGUCCAGCUCGUACUACUACGAGAGAGAGGAGAGGGAACUGCCAGCCAUCACGUCGGGGACCAGGACUUACAACUAUGAGUCUUCUACUAGUUCUACACCAGGCUACUCCAAGGUCAAAAGCUCCAAGGUCACAAAAGAACUGACACAGAACGUUGAGGAGCUGGACUCACUCUUGGAUGACUUACAGAAGGAUCAAGAACGACAGCUGUACAAAAGUAAGACCCAUGAUGGCUACACUUCUGAUACGGCUGAGAGCACAUCAUUUGACUACAGGAGGGGAACUCCAGCAAAGGCGCCGUCCAGCGGCUACUCGACGCUGAAGCGCGAGGAGCGCGUGGAGACGUCCUCGUGGGGCUCCUCCCCCCCACCGCCGCCCACUGUCACUAGGGCUGCUGAGCUGCGCCAGGAGGUGUAUAGGGAGGAGAAACAUGAGUCUCGCGUGGUGCCAUCGCAGAUCUCCCCGGCGGUCCCACAAGUAGUGCCGCCGACCAUCUGCUCGCACUGCCACCAGCCACCCAGCACUGGCACUUUACCCCGCGGCGGAACACCGAUGAACAAGGUGACGACCACCGUGAAGACUUACACGUACGAAGUGCCGGCUGACCAGGACCCGGCCACGGUGCCCAUACCUGUUCAUGCUGAACAGCAUACCUACCAUAGCUCUGAACAUAACCGGACUACUACAACAGCCUCCCCGGCGCCGUUGACUACCGUGGCCCCUCCCGCCCCCGGCUGCUGCGCUCACUGCUCGCACUGCAACACCAUCCGCGAGUACCGCACUGUCACCACUACUGAUGACCGCACGAACGAGCGUAUGGUAUACCCAGCUCCCGCCAACGAGACCAAGAUCAUCCCUGCUGAACCGCAUAAUGGACACGGCCCAUAUGGUCCAUCAACAUACAAGUUCUCAGAGACCUCGUACUCUUCCCACAACACGACUCAGCGCUUCCCCGCGUCCCCUUCCCCCGGCCCCCACCCCGUGUCUCCCCCGCACGUGACGGUGCUGCACCCCGCCAACUCCCCGUCACCCUCCCCCGGGCCUUUCCCUCGACCUUCUACCCCGUCGAUGGGCACUCAGCAGCCGCCGAAGAAGUUGGAUGAUCUGCUCGCUGAUUUCCCUGAAGCUCGCUUCCCAACACAACCAGACGGUGUAACCCGCCGCAACAUACACGUCACCCACGAGAGCUCAACACAAAGCUCCACGCUCAACCGCGACACCCGAGACACGCGGGACUCCGCCCCCAGUCCGCCAGCGAAGGCGCCGCUUGUGGCCAACAGCCGCAAUGUGGCCGGACCUGCGGUGUACUACCCGCCCGGGCAUACGCCCUUCCAGAAGAAAGAGGGAGGCGGUUAUCAGGCUAGCAGUGCGAUGGCGCAAGGAGGCGGCAGUUAUGCAUCAGGCCGCGCCAUGUACGAAUACGAAUCCGGUUCCCGAAGCAAAGAGAAGCACUCCGAAAAGAAGACAGCCGUCCCCAUCUGCCUGCCUCUCUGCUGCGCCAUGCCUUGUGUUAUAAUGUAACCUUGACCUUGAAUAUGUCACCCACAAUAGGCUCACCCAAUUUUUUAUAUUCUAAGGCCCGUUUUUUGACAUAAAUGUCCAGUUUUUCUUAUAACAACUGUUUUAAUUUUGAAAAUUCAUACAGUCUAGAGUUCAUUUUAUAACUUGAAAAUUUUACUUUAAAAUUGUAAACAAUUGUUUUAAGAGAACUGAAGUUUAUGCUGUCGUUAAACUUGGGCUAAGUAGUCUUUUUUAUGGGUAAAGUUAGAAUACUUCAUCAUCAUCGGGCAAGCCUAUAAUUUAUGUUGAUAUUACCUAGUUUUUAAGUUUUUUGUACGUGUUGACAGCUAUCAAAACAGAAUGACCUUGAGAUUUUAAGUGAAGGUCAUAGCAAUUUUAGCUCUCAAUAGUAAUGUCAUACAAGUAAAUUAUAUGAAAUCAUGUAAAUUGAGUUGUGACCUUGGUGACAAGGUCAAUGUGUUAACGUGAAUUUUAGUUUACACAGUUGUAUAUCGGGUCAUUUUAUGUUAUUUAUAUGUAAAGUAAGUAAUAGGUGAGUGUCUAUACGCUUCUCCUUAGAAAGUGUAUCAGAGCUUACAAAAACGUAUACUUUAACGAAUCUCAGAGAAAAUACAAAAUAACAUCGUACGUAACUGUACCUUUCAUUGUCAAAUAUUGUAACACUUCUGGUUUUGACAGUACCUUUACAUGUUGAAUUAUAUCUUUACUGAAUAAAGCUAAUCUAACAAGGUGCCAUUAAUGUUAUUUUAAUUAUAAUUAAGUCAUCUUCUGAGCGCAAAAAAAUUGUAUCAUGAAAAUGAAAAAUUAUGGUGCUGCCAUCUAUACGUCUUCUAUGUAAACAUUUUUUACAAUGGUUGAAAUAAAUGCGCUCGGUUAUAUUGUGUAUAAAGCGAUAUUGUAAUUUUUAUUAAUAAUAAAUUUUAUUAACUUGAUAA